CGGCAUUGUUUGUUUGACACAGCUGAUGUCCCUUCUAAUCCAGGGCAUGUCCAUUCAUUUCACAGCUCCAGCAGAGGUGCCAAGAAGGUGUCCAGCUCAAUCAAGCUGGUUGUUCACUGUCUGUGGCUAAAGUUCAACAUCCAAUGGCUGCACAACCCCUGGAAGACUGGAACAGUGGUCUCUGUGACUGCUUCGAGGACGCGAGCACUUGUUGCUAUGGUUUCUGGUGCUGCCCUUGCCUUGCCUGCACAGUUUCAGAAAGAUUUGGUGAGAACCGCUGUCUCCCGUUAUGCGAUAUAUGCAGCCCUGCCGUCACAGCAGCCUGUGGGGUCCCUCUGUUUGUUCCCCCUGCAGCCCUGGCUCUACGAUCUGCAAUUCGAAACAGAUACAACAUCAAGGGUUCUAUCUGUAAGGACAUCGCAGCUUCCUGUUUCUGCGAGUGGUGUUCAUGGUGUCAGAUGCAUCGUGAGUUAAAAUAUCGCAAAAAAUCCCCGCCUGUCAUUGUCAACAUGCAGCCUGCUCCAAUGGUGACGGUUCAAAAUAACAUACCUCCUCCUGUCGUUUUGUGCCAAACAGGGGUCCCCAUGGCUGCAUACUGAGAAUUGUGGCUUCUCAUUCAUUCUCAUUUGUUACACCAUGUAUUUAGUGGUAAAACCUAAGGAUAUAUUUGUUUUGUUUCCACUAGCAUCUAUGAUUUCUUUUCUAUUUCUUGAUGACAAUCACAACUAUAGACUAAUUCUAGUAAUAAUAAAUGUCAAGGCCUCCAUUUUAAUAAUAACAGUACUUAAUUUCAUAUUUCCAUAUAACAAGUAAAUCUGGCAUUCAAAACUACAAAAUCAGAAACACACACAGGGCCUUAUUUUUGUAUACUUUCUUGUAUCCCUCCUUGCUGGGGACAGCCAUGACCAGAAGCAUGUUUUUUGGCUGUCCGUAUGUCUGUCUGUCCCACUCUUGUGAACGGGAUGUCUCAUUGAACGCCUUGAGGGAAUGCACACAGACAGCUGCCGACACCUCAGACGCAUAGUUAUUCUACUUAUUAUACUACUUUCUUGUCUGCUUGGAGUUAUUGUACCAAUUGGCCUUGUAGUAGUGGCCAUGUGGUCAAAUUAUCCAUAUGUCAUUAUGGUGAAAAACAUUUUUUUAUACCUUUUAUUAAAUUUCUUCAAAGUAUUCACCACUUACAUGAGACUGGACAGACACUGGUGUAAACCACAAUUUGACUGGUUGAAACGUGGUGAAUCACAUGUUUCAACCUGAUGAGUGAGAUACUUUCAUGAGUAGGUGUUCCUCUAACAGAAUAGUCAUGUGAAGUCAUGAAUUUCAUUCAUACCUAAGAGUCAAGGUAUGAGGUGACACAAUUGAACUGUCUGUGAAAAACCAAACGCUUCAUUUGGCAAGAGAGCCUUAUAAAUUAGUUUGUCAAAUCAAACUGACAACACAGACCAUGACACAGAGUUUUAGGAAGCCGCCGUCUGGCUGAGCUGUUUAAUCUAAUGAACUAUGGCAUUUAACAGGUACAGGAAACAAAGCUAACCUAGCCAGAAAAGCUGCUUUAUGCGGUCCUGAACUCACAGCCUUGCAGAUAACUUUAGAGGAGGACUCUAAAGUGAAUUCUAUAAUCACUUGCUAUAAUCUAUAAUUCUAUAAUCACUUGCUGUUAAUCAGUGAAACACAUUUCCGGUCUGUGUAGCAUGUUUCCACUCAUUCCUUUGACACAAGGAACAAGCUUGAAGUGGUAAAGCCUGUUACCACUUUUAUUCUUUAUCUGUUUAUGUUUGGUAAUUUCAUUUGACUGAUCACUACUGUGUCUAAUUAAGCACUCGAAUAAAAUUCUUUACAUUGUU